AUUAAAACAUAACCUCAAUCACUUGAAGUGUUCCGUUCAAAUAAUUGAUUCUCGUAGGUAACAAUAAGAUUUUCUUUUGUGAAUUAUUUUAAAUAAAAAGCAGAAUGACAUCGGCUGCAAAUAGUGAACCACCUCAAGAGCAGGGCCAAAAAAUCGAGAACAAAAUGAAGCCCAACGAACAAGAAGACAACCAAAGUUCAGACUGGGCGGAAAGGAUUGCGAAAACAGACUUCUUCAAUACCAACUCUGAGAAGAAAGAAUCGAAAUGGGGUUAUGACUUAUAUCCAGAGCGAAAAAAACUCUUUCAAUCGUCGAUUUCUAAAAUUUUAAAAAUGGAAGAAGGUCGUGAACAAUUUGAUAAAAUGAAGUGUGAAGAAAACGUGUUCAAGUGCGUGAAAUCGAGUCCAUUAGUAAAAACCAUGAUGGGCGCACUGAAAUCGGCUGGAUGUCCUAUAGAUUUGAGACGACACAUUUCCUGUGAAAUUUGCGAUGAAUCCGUAACGGGAGGCUACGAUCCUGAACUCAAUCAGAUCGUUAUAUGCCAAAAUACGUCGAAAAGCCGUGGAUUUGUUCAAGGAGUUUUGACACAUGAAAUGAUUCAUAUGUUUGACUAUUGCACAAAUAAUUUGGAUUUUAAAAAUAUUGAACAUCUAGCCUGUACCGAAAUUCGUGCCGCAAAUAUGGCCCAUUGCUCAUUCUUGGGUGCAUACGUUCAAAACGAUGCUGAUAUGUUCAAUAUCAGGAAAAGACAUCAGGAUUGCGUCAAAACAAAAGCAUUGUAUUCAGUGUUAGCUGUCCGAAGAAAUAUUUCGAAAGCAGAAGCAAUUCGAGUAGUAGAGAAAGUGUUUCCAAAGUGCUAUGCAGAUUUGGAACCGAUAGGCCGACGCUGCCGAAGAGGUUCAGCUGAUCCAGAACGUGCGUUCGCCGAAUCUAAAUAUUAUGGCUAUCAUUAAAUUCAAAAUGCAUUUGGUGGCCGUUAUUUUUUUAUUGACAUUUGUAUAUCAUUGUUAAAUAAUAUUAUGUGCACCAAGUGAUUUAGCUAAUAAAUUAGUAAAUUUCAGGAA